GAAGGAGGAGGAGAAGAGGAACUCAAAAGAGAGCAGAAAAAAGGCAAUUCGCAUAGUCGAAGAUUGGUAGGAUAAAAAGGGGUCCCUCCCCUGCAUUUCUCCACCACCACAAACCCAAUUAACUUGCACUGCCAUUAACCAAACCUACACAAAAUAUUUACAAACACAACAGGGUCCAUCACCUCUUUUAUUCUUUCAAAGAUAAUCAUGCAGCAACAAAACAUGAGCGACGCCUAUUUCCAAGCUGCUGCCGGGAGCAACAUGAUGUUUCCAGAAGUGAUGCCCUGGAACCUCCCUCACGCGGGUUUUAACCCGGUUCAUUUCCAAACCAACCCUAUGAUCGAUCACGACCCGUUUCUCCUCCCUCCACAGCCGCCAUCCCAAUACGGAGGAGCUGCCAUGUUUAACAGAAGAUCCUACGGCAAUUACGAUGGCUCGUCUUCGGAUCAUCUUAGGUUUUUAUCCGACACGGUUCUUGGACAAAUGGUCCAUCAACCGUGUUCGGUCCCGUUCGGGCUCCAGGCCGAGCUGGGGAAGCUGAGUGCUCAGGAGAUUAUGGACGCCAAGGCCCUUGCGGCUUCCAAGAGUCAUAGUGAAGCUGAAAGGAGACGCAGGGAGAGAAUUAAUAAUCACCUUGCUAAGCUGCGCAGUCUGCUACCCAGCACAACCAAAACGGACAAGGCUUCAUUGCUAGCCGAAGUGAUACAACAUGUGAAGGAGCUGAAGCGACAAACAUCUAUCAUAGCUGAAUCAAGCCCCGUUCCAACCGAGAGUGACGAAUUAUCGGUAGAAAAUGAGGCGGACGAGGAUGGCAGAUUUGUGAUCAAAGCUUCCAUAUGCUGCCAGGACAGAAAUGACCUUUUGCCUGAUCUCAUUAAGACUCUGAAAGCAAUGAGAUUAAGAACACUUAAAGCCGAGAUUACUACACUGGGGGGUCGAGUGAAGAAUGUUCUGUUUAUCACGGCAGAUGAUCAGAAAUCGAGCUGCGACGUGGAUGAGCAGAUGCAACCACAUGAGUAUUCCAUAAGCUCCAUACAAGAAGCACUUAAAGCUGUCAUGGAGAAAUCGAGUGGUGAUGAGUCUUCUCCUGGGACUGUUAAGAGACAAAGGACCAAUAUUAAUAUCAUAUAAUCAAUUCUAAUAAUAUUACAGUGUGUAUUGUUUUUUUGUUCUAGGAUCUAGAGGGUGGUUUGUUUUUUACAUAUAAAUCAAUACAGUUUAUAAAUAUUACGUAGUAACAUAGGCGUUGGUAUUUUAUGUAAUUUUCAUAAGUGGGUUUUGUUUGGUAUACUUAAACAAAGUGAGGAUGAAUUAUGGCUGGAGAACUAUUCGGCACUUUGUGUAAUACAAUACUAUAUACUGCGCGUCUA